GGGGGCAGCGCUGCCGGGGGGACACGCGUGGGGUGCGGGGUUCGGCUGUGGGGUGCCACGGGAACGUCUGCCCCCGCUUCCAUCCGUCUGCAUCCCCUGGCUAAGGAACGAAGCGCCCUGUAGCGAAGAUUUAUUCGUAUUUCUGUAUGUAUUUAUUUUACUUUACUUUUCUCUCUAAGUUGAUGGGUUCUCCGGCAUUUCAGUGGCUGUGUGCUCGCUCCAUCCGUCAGGCAGGUACCGCAGCACGUUCCUGCCCGCAGUCUCCUUGUCCUCCGCGCUCCUCGGCCGCUGAUCCUGGUUUGUGCUGAGGCCGCGGCGUGCGGGAGGAGCCACCAGGUGGCAACCUCUGUCCGUGCUGCUGCUGCGGGCUUUGGUGGCUUUUCCACCCUGCGCUCAGAAGCAGGAGCAGCCGCAGCUUGUUAGCUUGCUGCCUACCAGCAAUGCUCAGUGCACGCUGGCAGAGGCGCCCCGUGCAUUGGAGGGGCAGCUUCCCGCUUUGUUGGACGCACAGCAGCAGCUGCUUCAGGAUCCCACCUUGUGCACUGACAUGGACCGAAGUAAGCAGAGUUCUGGGACUGGGCAGUGAGCUGCAGCGCUGUGUGUGACAUAGGGAGCAACGUGAAGACAGGGGAUUGGGAAGCCUCGGUGACAAUAGCUCUGUAAAAAAGACGUGGUCAGAGGGUAUAAAUAUGCAGAGGAGGAGGAGUGCUCAGUUUGGGAUGAGCUGCCCUGGUUCUGCAGCCCCAACAACCAUCUGUUGCGCUGAGCUCCAUCUAGCUCAGGCCGUAGCUGUUCUCUCACCAGAUGUUAACUUACAUGAGCUGCGUGUAAAAGUGAACUGGUGCGAGAGCUGUGGCCUGAUGUGCUUUCAGUAGGGUCUGACCUGCAGAAGUGAUGACGUGCUAGCCGGCCUCUCGCUGUGGGGAUGCGCUCCAGAAGUCGCAGGUGUGUGGCUGGAGCUUGGUCAGUGAAUCAGGAUAGGAAAUAUCUUCCAAAGCUCCAAAUAAGACAAAACAAACUGAGCUUUAGCACAUGCUCAACUGAUUGAGCCUUUGGCAAAGUGUGAUUUGAAUUUCCAGGGCUCUCACUGAGGUUGCAUCUUGCCUUCGGUGCUGGUCCUCCAGAACAGGGUGAGGAGCUGCUGUGGGAUGGCUGUGGGGAUGGAAUCAUUAGCAAUUCCAGGUCAUGAUGGGAAACAGAAGGAGUGAAGAAAAGCUGGAUUUUGAUCUAUUUCUUUAUUUAUUUUCCUCCAGAAAGUGGGAAUGAAGCUGCGAGUGCAGAGCUGGCUGCUCAUGGAAUAUCCGCAGCGUGAUUGGCACUAAUGCUCUGCAGCCAGUGGGAGAAGAUACGUUACCCAAGUAAGUGAAAUGAGCACUGAGAAGUGGGAUAUAUGAUAACUUCUGAAGCAGAAGGAACAAGACCUCGGGCAACAGAGCUCCAAACAGUGCGCUGUCUUUUUUCCAUUUCUGAGCCUGUGGUGCUCAAUUAACCCCUUUUCUCUGUGCGACGUUCUCUAUCCCGCGGGCUCACACAGCUUUACCCACCCUUCUGGCUGCUGAUGUGUUAAACGCUUGGUUUGCAAUCAUCAGUUUUCUCCUGCAAUGAUACCCAAAGCUCUGCUCUGUUUUGAUUUAAAGUGAUUUUGAGUCUUUAGGUUAACAGUUAAGGACGGUCCCCUCCAAGAGAAUCUAACUUGAGGAAGCCAUGAAAUUUAAUUCAUUUCUGCAACUUAAAUAUAUAAUCAGUGACAUAUGGGAAUACUAAAUACGGGGGGAAAUGUCAUUGCUUAAGUAAAAUUUCUGCGUUCAGUCAAAACCCAGCAGUUGUAACAUCAAACUGUAGUUUCCAUUGUACAGGAAAUAAAGCAUCAUUUUUUCAAAGCAAAUAGACAUGCAAUUGCAUGCCUGUUAUGUUGCUUAUAUAGCUUUAUGCUUAAUUUUCUCCACGUUGCUGUUAGUAAAGGGCCAGCAGAAGGGAAACUGGAGGGAGAUGGAACAACACAACACACUGAGCCUGCUGGAAAGGAAAGUGCACAGGAGAUGGCUGUGCUGGGAACACAGGCUCUUUCCUGCUGUUGUCUCUGUGCCUGGGUCAGGGGCACUGCGCUCCAUGGGACCUUCCCCAGAGGGAGCUUUGCAGCCUAUGGUUACAUGAAAGAUUCUGAUUUUUUUCUGCCUCCCUCAUCCCAGCAGUGUCCAUGAGAGCCUUUUGGCUGCUGCUGCUUCCGCUGAGCUUCAGCUCCUCAUUGGUCUCCACACACAGCCCCUUCCUCUCUUUCUGUAAUUGCCUUGUUUGCUCCUCCAGCCUUGCACUUCAUCCAUCUUCCUAUUUCCCCUCUCUGAUCUACUCCUCAUGGCCGCUUCCUUCAGUUUUGCUGCUGGAAUGUGAAGCAUCUCUCCAGAAAAAUAGAAGGUCUCUGUGAACUUUUACCACCCCCCUGCAUUCCCUCUCCUUCACCUCUAUCAUCUCCUCACAGAUGGUGGGACAAGCACUCACAUUUGUUCUCAGGCUUGUAACAUUGGCGCGUUCCCUUCUCUUGCUUUUUUCACGUGAUAAUGUGAAAUGAGGAUAAUUCUGCCCAUUUCUCUUCUCGUUUGGGCUGGGUUUAGUCUGAUGAAAGUGUUUUUGAGGCUGUUGUGCUGCUUGGAGCACUGCCGUUGGGUUUGUCCCUUGACUACGACUAAUUGUGGCCACAUUUGCUUCUACUCAAGAUAGGAAAGACAAAAGUUGAAUCAGACGCAGCCAUCGAUUAGCACAGCUCUUGGGUCUGAAGGGCACCCUUUGCCAAAAGGCAACAGUACACACUGAGAUAUUCCCUGCCAUUAUCUGCUUUAUUUCUUCCCCCUCUUGCUGAAGAGGCGCUGGGCAAAGGGGGUUUCUGUCUGCUGGGAGGGCACCUGCUCCCCCACUGCAGCUUUGUGAGAAUGACCCAUAUCAGCUCUCAGGAGCCCCAGAGCACCUGUUGGGAUGUGGGCACCUGGGAACAACUUGUUCUCUCCGGGGGCAGCCCUGUAGAGUAUGGGCCCCCGGGUUAGUCAGACCACAUGCUGAAUCAGAUGCAUGAAGGGAAGGAAGAAGAAGAGUUUAUUCUGCUGGAGUGGUGCUACCAAGCUGCUCAUGGCACAAAGUUACAAAAAAGAGGAAGAAUACAUAAUUUAUCAUCAGCUGCCUACAAUCCAGCUUUCUUUCUCCUUUGUCUUGCUGUGUGUCUGCAUGCAAAACAACAGCCUUCAAUGGGACUCGUGCCUCCUUUUUGUUCCAGUUCUGCUUUUUUAUAGCGCUCUUAGUUAGGUAGCUAACGAGGGUGGGUUAACCCUUGAAGAAAAGCCCAACACUGCCGUGCUAUGGCCACGUUUGGAGGUACCGCUCUGUGCUUCUUCCACGCUGGUGAUAAUGAAGACUCAGAGUUGCCAGAUGUGCUCUCCGGCCGGGCGGUCGUGGUGAUGGAUGCCCUGCUCCUUGCCUGCAGGAAGGGGGAAGCUCUCCGUGGGUUUGCCUUCCGCACGCUGGUGUGGGGCUCCCCUCCAGCCAGGCUUACUAGGGCAGACAGAUGGUUUUGCUUGUUACGGAGCUUCACAGGACACCUCCAUUAAAGAGCAAUGCGCAGAUACCGCACUAAAUCAAGCUGCUGUCUGUUCACUCAGGUGAUACAUCGGCAUGGUAGGAAAUGGUUUCAGCAGCGGGGUUCAUGCUGUGCAACACCAACCUUUAGGCACUAGUAACCUCAGGAGGUUGCAUUCCAGACAUUAGGUCUCUUGUGGUGAAAUAGAUGGACGCUGAAGUGCAGAAGAAGCAGAAAAAAAAAACACCCCACCUUGAUAAAAAGAAUUGGCUGCGAUGUUAUGGGGUCUGAUGGCCGCUUUUAGUGCCCUUGCUCCUCUCAGAAAUCAUUUGGGGAGAGCAGAAAUCGUUUGGGGAGAACUCAUAAGUCAGGCCAUGGUGCAGGGCAGGAGUUUAAGAGUCUGAAAAGAAAACAUUUUGGGCAAAUUGUCUAUGGAUAACAUUCUUUAUUUUCACUAGCUGAGUUUUCUCCUUGCUGGCUUCUCUGAGAGCAUCCAUAACUCAGGUUUACUUGACAGCAAUACAGAAACAGACGUGGUUGAUAUCUUGGGAAUCAAAGACACGAAGAUUUUUGUUCUUUAAAAAGGCUGUCUAGCUUGUUUUAUCCUUCCUAGCCUAAUGGAGGUUUGUUUGGUACAGCACAUCCUUUGACCAUAAUAACUUUCAUCCUUUAUGAGCAGACGUUUAUUUUCUAGGGAACGCAAAACGUCCCUCCUGAGGUUUUCCCUGUUUUCCUCUGGGCUGACAUAUGCAGCUGGAGACCUCCGUUUAAUUCACCUUCUAGACUUCAUUUAUCUCCUCAUUCUUUGUUCUUUUCCUCUAUCAGCCCUGCUGCAUAGAGGUGGAACCUUUCCACAGCCGCUCGGAUCGUUUACAACAGCCACUUCCACAGGCAGUAGCGAGGCAAAAAUCGAAGCCGGGGACAGGAGAGCGCUGCCGGUGGAGAAAUCUCCAGGUGUGAAGGGAAGGACUCUCAUUCUCCUUGAUGUCAACACCAAGAGCCCUGUCAGGAUAAUCAGUGAGAAUUUCCUCUCCCUGCAGCUGGACCCCUCCAUCAUUCAUGAUGGCUGGCUCGAUUUCUUAAGCUCCCGGCGGCUGGUGACCCUGGCGCGGGGCCUGGCCCCCGCCUUCCUGCGCUUCGCGGGCAAGAGGACGGACUUUCUGCAGUUUCACAACGUGAAGAACCCGGCCAAGAGCCGCGGCGGGCCCGGCCCCGAUUACUACCUCAAGAACUACGAGGACGACAUUGUUCGCAGUGACAUUGCCCUGGAUAAGCAGAAAGGCUGUAAGAUCGCCCAGCAUCCUGACAUAAUGUUGGAGCUACAGAGGGAAAAGGCAGCUCAGAUGCACUUGGUUUUGUUAAAGGAGCAGUUUUCAAACACAUACAGCAACCUCACAUUAACAGCCAGGUCUCUAGACAAACUCUAUAACUUUGCUGACUGCUCUGGCCUUCACCUGAUCUUUGCAUUGAAUGCUCUGCGCAGAAAUCCCAAUAACUCCUGGAACAGCUCCAAUGCACUCAGCCUGCUGAAGUACAGUGCCAGCAAGAAAUACAACAUCUCCUGGGAGCUGGGCAAUGAGCCCAAUAACUACCGGACCUUGAUUGGCCGCUCAGUGAAUGGCAGCCAGCUGGGAAAGGACUACAUCCAGCUGAGGAGCCUGCUGCAGCUCAUCCGCACCUAUUCCAGAGCAAACCUCUAUGGGCCGAACAUUGGGAGGCCCAGGAAGAAUGUCAUGGCUCUCUUGGAAGGGUUCAUGAAAGUGGCUGGCAGCACAGUGGAUGCUGUUACCUGGCAACAUUACUACAUCGAUGGCCGAGUGGCCAAAGUGACCGACUUCCUGAAAACACGCCUGCUAGACACACUGUCUGACCAGAUCAGGAAAAUCCAGAAAGUUGUGAAUACAUACACACCAGGCAAGAAGAUCUGGCUGGAAGGUGUUGGUGCUACCUCUGCUGGAGGCAUGAACAACCUCUCCGAUUCCUAUGCAGCCGGGUUCCUGUGGCUGAACACACUGGGCUUGCUGGCCAGCCAAGGCAUUGAUGUAGUGGUGCGGCACUCCUUCCUUGACCAUGGCCACAACCACCUGGUGGACCAGAACUUCAACCCCCUGCCGGGCCAGCCAGCAGCCAGGCUGAAACAAGUCCCCAUUGCAGCCACAGCUGUGAAAGAGUGGGGUGAGAUGAUGCGCUCAACCGUUACAGCAGGAAGGAAGAGGAGCAGCGCAGCAAAAGCAAUGCAAUCCCAGGCAGAGACGUCAGCAGCUGCAGAGGACUGCAGGGUGCAAGAACCACCUCUAGGCAGGGCUUGGUGCUGGUGCUGCACCAUGCAAGGUCUGUGCUGCCCAGGGGGCUGCUGCUGCCAGAGCUUUGUGCGGGAUUUGGAUCAGAAAGCCAUGAACUGUCCAAGAAGCACAACAAGGUCACGGGUGAUGUUAAGAACUGCAUCAGCCCAGCCCUGCUGGAGGAACGACCAGCCGCGUCUUGAACAGGAUGCAUGGACCUCCGCAGGGACUGAGCCUUGGAUGCUGAAGAUUCUUUAAUCUAGUGGAAAAAGAAAGAGCAAGAACCACUGGUUGGAAGCUGACACCAGACAAAUUCAAGCUGAAAAUGAGGAUUGUUAACAGUGCGGAUGUUUAACUGCUGGAACAGGUUCCAUGGGAAGUGGCGGUUCUCCAUCCCACCAGGCCUGCAGAACCAAGUCACUGGAAGAGGCUAUUGCCAAAAACAAGCCACAGGGCUCAGCAGACGAAUAAAAACUCCUCUGUCCUGGGAGACAUGGGAAACUGGGUCCCUUACUUCAGCAAUGGUUGCUCAGGCUGUAAAAAUGCAGGUUGUGGUGCAGGAAUGGAGCAGGCUGCUGAAACCUGAGCAUGCCUUAGGGAUGGCAUGGGAGAGUUCCAGGGUCUGCCAGGCUGGGCACUGUGGAUGCACCUUGAGUCCCCAUCUGCCUGCUGCUUAGAGAGAAAGUCUGGAGCUCAGGUUUCUUGGCUACAGCAACCUCUUCUUGUGUGUGCAAUUGGACAGGCUCAGAAAGGCUGUAAAGAAGCUUUGCUGCCUGUAGGAGGGAGAAGGGAAGAUGCUCCUGAGCCCUUUGUAGCAGCUCUGGCGGCAGGAGAUGUGGUUAGCGGGGCUGUCUGAAGGGCUGACUAAUCAGCUGCCUUUCCAAAAGCUUAAGCUUCAAAAAGCUCCUGCGAUGAAUUAAAACGUGUGAGGAGAUAAAGAGGGACCCUCUGGGCUUUCCCAGCUCUCUGCCUCUGCUGGCCCUGUGGCACACAGAAGACAUGAUUGGGCUGAGCUCCACGGAUCAGCUCACAUGGGACCAUGGCCCUUCCUGCCUGUAAAUCCACGGUCCCGGGCAGGGACCUCCUGCUCUGCUCUGCUCAGGUGCCUGCAGCCCCACCAAAGGCUGUAUAGCAGCAACCUUAAUGGGUCUGCAAAGUAAUUAAAGCAAGAAAGCUCCCUCAGUUCCCCAAGGACUAAUAGCGGACCAGAUUCCUUUCUGCUAUUCCUCCUCUAGCCUUAUGACUGUAUAAUAGCUCACCACAGGAGCCCUCGGCAGCUCCAAGGCCCUGAUCCUGCUGUGACUGAGCUGGAUUGAGCUGUGCACUGCUCUGGGCUGUGGCUUUUUGCUGCAGUGGUCACAAGAACAUGUGGAAAAUGUGACAGACACAGCUAGGAAAAAAGCCAUCCUGUUGCUUUCAGACGUAGGUGUGAAGACCCAUCUUCCCAUGUCAGUGACCAGGAGACAAAGCAAGUUGCAGCUGCAGGUGCCCAGCAGCCCCGAUGAGAUUUUAGUUGGGGCUCAGCCCUGCAGCAACCUGGGAAGUGCCCGCACCCAGAGGUUUUGUUUUCGUCAUGCUGGGUGCGUGUGCAAUUCAUCAUCCAAAUACUCGGUGUCACUGGCUCCUGGUAAUUUAUUGCAAGGAACAUGAUUUUGGCCGCUGCUGCAAGCAGGCUUGUGAUGACGCGAAAAGCUGCAGCUGUCUUCAGUGCUUCCCUGCAGCAAGCUGAAUGGCUUGAGUUCCUCCAGGCUGCAGCAAAAGGCUCCUUUUCCAGCCCCUGGGUCAUUUUUCUGGCCCAGCUUUGAACUCUCUUUGGUGCUUCCACAUCCUUCUUGAAAGAAAGGCUUCAGAGCUCACCCUGCCUGCCAAGCAGGGUAAAAUCACUGCGCUUCCACUCCUCCUGCACAUGCUGAAGGGACACGUUGGUCCCCACACUGCCCUGAGCAUCUCUGCUAAGGUGGUUGGCAGCGACAGCACAAAGGGCUCUGCUAAGCCACAGCUUUUAGGGGAGCACCAACAGCACAUGGAACUUUAAGUGUGGCCACUAAGUCCCUGAGGAUUCCCUUUGAGUCCUGUAGCUCCCUAUCUAUCACUCCCAACACUUGCCAGCAAAACCAGCAUUUUGCUUGUGGAAAAGCACAGAGAAAGCAAGAAAACCCACAGUGCUGCCAGGAAUAACUGUCUAACAGGCCAUCUUCAGGCUUGGCCAGAAGCAGCAAGAGGAGUUUUUCCUCCAGCCCUCUGGCCAAAGCUGACCCAGCCAGUGGGAAGCAGGCUUGGAUGUCCCAGUGGCACUACUGGCACCAACCAGAUGGGUAUUCCUCUUGGCUAGCAGCUGCUGCAGUCAGAGGGACAGAGCCCUGUCCUGCAGAGAGGCCCUCUGAACAUGCCCCCUCCCUUCUCACAACCCUGCUUCAUUUACCGCACACCUCCCGGCUUCUGCAGCGGAUGAGAGUGGGGCCCUACAGACGGUGGCUGCCGGCAGUGCACAGCCUCGCUUCCCUCCCCAGGGCCUGGGGCCCAUCCUGUGUGCUAAGCGAGGCCAUGCCCUGUGGGAAAAAAUAGUAUGUGGUGAUGUAAUUAAAAGGCUGCAUCAUUAA